AUGUCACUGUCCUCACGUGCCUAGUUGAAUCAGGUGACAAAUGAUCUCAAGUCAGGUGCGUGGCUGUACAGAAUCUGCCAAUCCAAAACCUGCCGCACAUGUGUGAUGUCGAUGUGAGCUGAUGACCCCUUGCUGAUCUCGACUGCCCUCAACAAGGUGGUUGAUUCUGACGGUUCGCCGCUGAGCACCACCUAGCGACAAUCACCGCCCGACGUGGGGAAGCACAUUGCCUGUGCCCAUGAGUUGAGAUGUAGGGAAAGCGGCAUCAUGGAUGCGGGCAUGGAUACAAAAAGACUGCCUCGGAUUCCGCUCUCGCACUCACACUACCCUCACGAUGCGACUCGACCCGCCCUGUGUCCUCGAUCUCUUCCCUAUACUUCCGAUUCUGCUCGCGCUGCUCGCGGCAGGCGCACACGCACAGACGAUCUCCUGGACGGGCCCGCUGAGCACGCGCGGGCGGUACGUCGUCGACGCAACCGGCAACCGCUUCAAGCUGCGCGGGGGUAACUGGCACGGCGGGAGCGGGACGUACAGUGGUAGCGGUGACUGGAAUGUCGAUGCGAACCACCACGCUGGGGAGAAUGCCCACACGAUGCCCCUCGGGCUGCAAUACGUGCCUAUCUCGCAGAUCAUCGACUCGUUCGUGGAGCUCGGUAUCAACACGAUCCGGCUCCAGUUCUCGAAUGACAUGGUCCACAACACGACCGUCGGAGACCCGAGCUGGGUCGCUGCGAAUCCACAGUUUUCGGGGAUGACUGCGCUAGAGGUUUACGAUGCGGUUGUUGACGCGCUUACUGCGCGCGGUAUCGCCGUGAUCCUCAACAACCACACGAAGACGAGCAUCUGGUGCUGCGGUGUAGACGGGAACGAGCGCUGGGACGAGAGCCAGUCGUUCGAUGCCUGGGCCGUGGAUUGGGUAAUGAUGGUGAACAGGUAUAAGGACAAUAAGCGCGUCAUAGGGGCCGAUCUGUACAAUGAGGUCCGGCGCGACAUCUUGACCGAUCCUAACUGGGGUGGAAACAACAACGCCGACUGGUGGCAGGCGUCACAACUGGUUGCAGAUCAGAUCCAUCUCGCCAAUCCCGAUAUCCUGAUCAUCGUCGAGGGCAUCAACUGGGUCGGGCUCCCUGUCGAUGGGCUUCCGCACAGCCGACCGACGCUGAUCCCCGUUGCCCAACUCUCACAUACGACGCUCGUUUCCCACAAGCUCGUGUAUUCUGCCCACUUCUACUCGUACACGGGCCCGAACCACAGCGGUGCCACAGGGAUCGGCGAAACGACGGAUCCACGCUACCGCGACUUGUCGCGCGGCGAUCUCUUCGCGGUGCUCAACUCGUCCGCCUCAUACGUCGCGCUGACGGCGGAUAUGCACUUCACCGCGCCGGUCUGGAUCAGCGAGUUCGGCAUGGAGGGCCGCGCGGACACGCUUCAAUCAGACUUCGCGUUCUGGCAGAACUUCAUCGACUACCUCGUGCAGACGGAUGCGGACUACGCGUUCUGGCCCCUCGUGGGGUACCUCAACAACGGCCAGGGCAACGGCUGGGCGCUGAUGAACUGGGACGUCAACGGGGUCCGCACGGGGCUCUUCGAUACCGCGUCCCCGGACUGGCGGGCUCCGGCGUGGACUGAGCUGAUGAACGCGUCGGGCGUGGAAGGCCCGGUCCCGUUGGUGGGGGAGUGGAACAUGCUCGCGCUCGACCAGGGCGACUUCAUCCAGUCGCUGUAUGCACGAACCCACCUUGGGGACUGGGACAACGGCGCGUCCAAGGCCAACUGCCCCGACGGCCAGCGCCUGAUCGGGCUCUCGCACGGGUCUACGCGGGGGCUGUGCACGGACAACGCCCUGGGCAAUCUUGAGGCCACGCCGCAUGCGGCCGAGGUUGUGUUCGACGAGCGGCAUGUCACCACCGACUGGGCGAGCGGGUACACCAAGUACACCUGUCCGGCCGACUACUACGUCACCGGGUGGGCGAUCCGGGGCACCAAAGUCUCGACGGUCAUGUGCACCCAGGCGAAUAUCGGCAUUUCUGGCUCCGGGCGCACGGUGUGGUUUGACAGGAGCGACAAUCGUGCAGACACGCGGGGGGGUGAUUUUGCGAGUGGGCAGUACAAGGGAAGCUGUGCCGCAUCUGAGGUCGUGGCCGGCGUGGCUUUCACGACGCGUGCGUUCAGUGAUAACGGCCCUGCAGCCAUCUACUGUGUCUAGUCUCCGUGCUCGUCGGCGGGGUCGAUCGUGCGAAGUCGUCGUGACAUUACUUCGGUAGGCAAAACCUUUACACAGAUGCUGUAUGUACUCUAUCAUUAGGGACGGUGGAAGCUCCAGAAGUGCUCCAGCAGCGCAGAGCUACUUUUCUGAGGCCACAGCAGCCUCCUCAUCCCCCUUCACUGUCGAGUCUUUGCUCUGCGUCUCAUCCAUCGUUUUUACCGCCGGGACUU